AUGAUUACCGACGAACAGCUUAAUACACUAGCAAUUAGUUUUGGCGUUAUUAUGGUGACAUUGAUUGUUGUAUACCAUGCGAUACUUUCCAGCACAACACGAAGUGAUAUAAAAAAGGCAUAA